UGCAGCCAGCAGGAGGAGAAGGAGAAAGCAGAGCAGAAAGAGGCAAAGAAAGAAGAGGAAGGAGGGAGGGAGUUAUGCAAAGACGGAGGUCACUGGGUAACAGUCCUCUUCUGUCCUGGAGCAAGGAGCAGCCAGCAGCAUCUGAAUCAGGGGGAACAAGUGGGAAGGAGGCAGAGAAGAGCUCCAGCUCCUAGUGAAGGCAUCAAAUAAGCCUGCUCCACCUGCUUUCCUGCCCACACUUUCCUACCAGGUCUCUUGGCAUCAGUGCUACCUUCUCCCUACUCUCUUCUCAUAUCCUGUGAGCUGAUCCUGGGAGGGGAGCAUGGCUUCAUCUGCCAGCGGGAUGGAGGAGGUCCGCUCCUCGGUCCUCACCCCCCUCAAGCUGGUGGGACUUGUGUGCAUAUUCCUGGCCCUGUGUCUGGACAUCGGAGCCGUUCUGAGCCCAGCCUGGGUGACGGCGGACAACCAGUACUACCUGUCCCUAUGGGAGUCUUGUAAGAAACUAGGCAACGACUGGAAGUGUGAUACAACCCUGCAGAGCGAUUGGCAGAUCGCAACCCUUGCCUUACUACUUGGUGGUGCUGCCAUCAUACUUAUUGCUUUCCUUGUUGGCUUAGUCUCCAUCUGUGUGGGUUCCCGCAGGCGGUUCUACAGACCAGUAGCUGUCAUGCUCUUUGCUGCAGUUGUCCUUCAAGUAUGUGGUCUUGUGCUGUAUCCAAUCAAAUUCAUUGAAACUGUCACACUGAAAAUAUACCAUGAAUUCAACUGGGGGUUAUGGCUUAGCGAUGGGGAGCAACAAUAUUUUCAUUGGAGGCGCCAUACUUUACUGUUUGAAUCCAAAGAACUAUGAGGACUACUACUAGUUGUCUGAGGAAAGAUAAUGAAACAAUAGAUUGACUUGAUUUUUUGGACCUUCCUUUUCUAGAAGACAUGUGGAGCAACAAACAGUUGAUUUAACCUCCCUUUGCCUUUAGGCUGCAAUAAUAUAGCCAGCUUUACAUCCAUUCUAAAGAAAGAAAAAAACAACUGCAGAAAAAAAGGAAAACUAAUGAGAAUUGAAAGAAUGACACCAGUAACUCCAUAAUUGCUGCAAUUUGUUCCAAUCUUAACUGUUUGGUAGAAGUAAGUAAAUAACACACAAGUGUGGUUAUUGUAUAAACUGUAUAAUGAAAUGAAUACAGAGAUGGAUGCCCAAUUUUCCAUGGAAUGCAACAAAGAAAAUACAAGAAUACUUUACCUCUUGUCAUACUGCUGAGGUCACCAUGUUAUUGGGACAAGGUAUGAAAGAAAACAAAUGCUGUGAAAUUACUGAUGGUAAAAUAAGCUAAAAAUCAGAAAAAACAAGAUUCAAGCUUUAUCUUCAAUAGAAGUGGUUCACUAAAUAACAUUACACAGCUUAGCCACAGCAUCUUAAGGAACAUUCUUGUAAUUGGUGGCUAAAAUUCACCUCGUGCACGAAUUAUAAAAAAUGGACGCCUGUUUUCCAUGAAAAUAAAAAAUAGAUUUGUGGGUUUCUUUUGAACUGUGAAUACCAUAGAAAGAUUAUAGCUAGGCCUGCAAGGAUAGCUAGAAAGUCAUUAGCUUUUUAGCAACUAUGUUUUAAGAAAGGAUGUACUGUAGCUAUAGGAGUUGCGUAUGAUUCAUAUUCUAAUGUACCAUUUUCUUUGGCGAAUAUUUGGCAGUAUUAUAAAUCUAUAUAGAAUUUAUGAAGUCAAUAUAGAGCACACAGUUUCUAAUUUCCCAGAUGUUCCAAUUUAUGCUUAAAUUUUGAUGAGAAAACUAACCAUAGCUUUUCAUAUCAUUAAACCUUCAAAAUUAGCUUUAUGUUGAUA